AUGCCUCUCACGGCCCCUGAGCAGUCGAGGGUGAUGAGAAAAUGCCAUAAAGCGUGCGAAAGAUGCCGGACCAUGAAGGUCAAGUGCUCCGGCACGAACCCGUGCACCCGCUGUGCCAGGAGGAAACGCCGCUGCCAUUAUGCAGUCGAGGAGACCCGCGUUUCAGUACCGGAAAGCUACCUGCGCCAGCUUGAAAACCGCAGCUCGCCUGUUGUGUAUAACGGCGUGCCCCACCAGACCUAUGUGCCUGGCGAGCCACUCGAGGUCCAAAACUACCCUCCAAGACCGCAGGAUCGGCCGCGUUCAAAGUUCUCUCACAAUCCUUUGGUGGAGUACUCCUUCGCAAAGGCCCCCGAUGGGAGAUUCUGGUACAUGGGCCCAUCGUCAUCGUGGUCCUUCUGCCGCCGCGUGCUCGCACUGCUAGGAGAGCAGGUCCCGGAAGCGAACCACCAUCCAGAUACCUGGCACAUGGAUGGCACGCUAUUCACUCUGAAAUGGCGGCCGCUGCCUGUCGAUGAGACGCCGGAUCUGGCCGAUUUGCCGCCGAUGGACUAUGGGCUGUACCUGAUUCACACCGCGCAUUUCUACUUUGGGCCCCUGUUCUAUAUCAUUGACGAGGUUGCGUUUAUCCGCAGUCUGCAUGAGUUCUAUACCAACCCGGAAGAGAAGGUUGGGUCCAUGCGCCUGUGGUUUGCGCAAUAUUUGCUCCUCAUUGCGUUCGGGAAGGCGUUCCUUGCGCCUAAUCGGCCCCCGAAUGCCCCGCCAGACGGCUAUCAGUAUGCUUCCCGGGCUAUGGCGCUGAUGCCGGAUAUGUCGGGCAUGGAUCCGAAUCCUUUACAGUGCAUCGAGACUCUUACGCUGGCGGCUAUCUAUCUUCAGUCGAUAGAUAUGAGAAUCUCGGCUUUUCAACAUAUAGGACACGCCCUUCGCAUUUGCAUCAUCGAAGGCAUCCACCGACACGUACCUGAGCAACUGGGCGAGGAGUUGUCCCGUCGCUGCAAGACUAUUUUCUGGAUCGUGUACAUGCUAGACAGGGAGUUUGCAGCCUUGAUUGGCGCGCCGAGCUCAAUCCGCGAUGAGGACAUCACCGUAAAGCUCUUCGUCAAUGGCAGCGUGGAUGAGAAGACACUCACUCUGCAUGUCCGGCUUGCGCGUUUAAGCGCACGCAUUCUGACCACGGUAUACGGCGUCGGCGCCGACUUUGACGGGACUCUCAUCAAAGAUACGCAGUCUAUCUUUCGCAACCUGGCAGAGCUCUCGCAGGACUUGAAUGACCUUCUGCGAACACACUUCCACGGCUCACUCAGCCGCGCAUCUCGAGCAGCCACUCGACUGAUAUUAGCCUACCACCACUGCGUCGUGCUUACAACUCGCCCCCUCGUAAUGUGCGCCCUCCACGCACACAUCGAAAACACCCAACCCCCAACCCAGAACCAAUCACGCACCCCACCUCAACACCAACCCCUCGACAUCGCCCUCUCCCCAAUCAUAACCUCCCUGCUAACCUGCUGCGUCGAGUCGGCCCUCACCGUGCUGCAAACCCUACGCACCCUCGCAGACGAAGACCGCAUCGAAGCCUUCCUGCCCUUCCAGAUCGAAGACGCCUUUGCCUCUGCAUUCCUGCUGUACAUCAUCCGUGUGAUUGCGCCGUCGCUAGUGCCCGACGACCACUGGGUCGGGAAUGCGGAUUUCGUGCUGGAGAAGUUGGUUAUCAUGGGGAAUUUGACGGCGCCGUUGAGACGGGCCGAGCUGGAUCAUUUGAAGAGUGUCAUGGGGCCGUUUAUUGCGGAGUUGUCGGGCUCGGAGUUGAUUGCGAAUGGUAAUGAAGCUGCAGGGCCUGGGGUUUUGGCUGCGGAGGAUGAUGUCCUGGGUGCGUCUGCGAAUCUGGGGACAGGGACGGCGCCGGAACAGGCUGAGCUGGAUUGGGAUAUAUUUUCUGUGGAGGCGACGGUUGGGCUGGAGCCGAGGGAGUUGCUGGAUUUGGCGGAGCAGUUGGAUGUCGAGGGGAUUAUGCAUUAUUCUGUUGCUUGA